CAUCCUGAGUUGCUCACUCGUCGUCAGCCUGUUGCUUUAGUCGCUGCAAACAGCGGCAUUUCGCCAGAAUCAGUUUCGAACGCAACGGAAAAAAAGUAACGUAAAUACUCAACGUGCCGUGUAAUCCUGUAAGUGUAUGAACAGUUUGGUGGUAAAUUCGGCAGGCAGAAGUAUUCUUUAAUCCUCAAAAACUGAGCGUUUCAAAUUUAAUUUGAUUGGGAACGUGUCCCGUUAGCUUCAAUUAGCCGCGCGCGUGUGUGAAUUUCUAGCCACGUUCAACGCAUAUCAGUGAGCUGUGCGAUUUAUUAAAUUUCAAAAAAAAAAAAAUAAUAACAUAUAAGUUAUUGGUUAGCAUCGCUGUGAAAUUUGUAAUUGCAACACGCCAUUUCGCUUGUCUACAACAAAUUACUUGAAUUAAUAUUCUAACUGUGCUUAACGAAAUAACGUUUGUGUUGACAAGUGGAAUUCACUUAGUAACUACUGCUUGCUUACAAUCGCUACAUUUCUUGAAAAAAUAGUUUACUUUUUGGAUUAACAGCAGCAGCAACGAAACACGAACUAUGAAAGCUACUACAAGACUUUGUCCCAUCAUAGUUCUGAUUUGCGCAGCGCGACUCGUGUGCACGGCUCAACAACGGAACCACCACAGCAAUAUUCUCGGCUACCCUCUCGACUACGCGGACGUCAAGUCAAUACAGAAAGAUUUCUCGCUGGAGAAGCGUAACAAACCCUCACUGUCAAUCGUGAAUCCGUUGGAUGUGCUGCGGCAACGUUUGUUACUAGAGAUUGCUCGAAGGCAAAUGAAGGAGAACACAAGACAGGUGGAAUUGAAUCGUGCCAUAUUGAAGAACGUCGGUAAACGUAUGCUGAACAAUGAUGGUGACUCCAGCUACAAACUCCCAUUGCAAAUACAACAACAAUUUGAAUAUUCCCUCAAGCACAUUCCUUAUCCUCAGCAAAUAUACACGUAUCGCGCACCCCAAUAUGAACAGCAAUCGCAACUCCAACUGCAACCUUUGUGGCAGCCACAUUACACUAAUCAAUUGGGGUAUACACCAGAUGUGUCCAUAUAUGACUACCUACAACAACCCGCUCACAUAUACAAUACCGUUCUGGGCCAAACUGAAAGCAAAGGCGACAUGGAUGGACAGACGACUUCAUGGUACAUCGAUGCACUUGAAAAUGGUGCCGAAGUAGGUGACACAAAUAUUUACAACACCAAGGGAAAUGAAUUGACUUCGGAUCGACGAAUUCAAGACAAGGGCACAGGUGGCGAUAGCAGCAGUACCAAUGCCAAUUCAUUUACUAACGGAGAGACGCUGGCCAAAAAUGUGUCCGACAAAGUGCAUUUGGCUACACUUGAAGACAAUGUGCUAGCAAAUGGCGCUGAUAAGGAGCGAAAUGAUGACAACGCAGAUUACCACAUGCGAUACUUUUAUGGAGUGCCCAAGAAGCACCACAAUAUGAAAAAGUAAGCUGUAGUCACGCUUCCAAGUACAACUAAACACUCAUGAACAUCGCAAACAUGAUUUGAAGCUAUUUAGUCCAAACACAUUUCUUUUAACACCAAUUAACCAAAUAAACUCUUACAUGUUUGAAAAGGUAGAGCUUUUCAUUCAGUUAGCUUUGCUCUGCUUAUUUGUACUUAGGAGAUAUUCAAUAGUUUAGAUGCUUAAGUUAAUAGCAUAUAUGAUAUACUUGUAUUUAUAUUCAAAUAAAUAUUUGAGUAAAACUGUUGUAAUUUCUAUGUGACUUAAUGUUGUUGUCACAUUGUAAUUGAACUAAAUAUGAUAAAAUCGUGUUUAGUGUUAAAUAUAAUGUUUUUAGAAAUGCAUUUAAUGUAAAUGUUAUAUGUAAUAUGUACUUAAUGGCUCGCGUAUAUUACUUUCGAGGGAUAAACUACCCAUUCGCAUGUUGGUAAAUAAAAAUUUAAGCGCAACACGGUCAUUUUAUUUAUUAUAAAAUAAUGUAAUAAAAAUAUGUUGCUGUUUUGAGGAAAAGUUAGUGGCACUCGCAUGGAAAGAAGUCAAUGAUAUGGUCUGAAUAAAGGUCACUCAGUGCAAUUAUUCACAGUUAAGGAAGUUAGAAUGUAUAGCACAACCUUUGUCAUCCACAAGAAAUUAUAUACUUGUAUUAUUAUAUAUUCCUUUAUUUUAAACAAAUAUACUGAAUAAAUACAAAUACAGUACAAAUAUUAUUCAUUUAUUGGGCUGUGUAAAGUUAAGUUUCUAAGUAUGCUGAAGAUUCUUAAAUUAUACACGGUUUCGAGUUCCUGGAUGAGGCACUUUACGUCAAAAUAAAUAACGUUUAUUCAGUAGUUUAUUUAAAUGACCAAAGAAGGUGUGUACAUGCGCGUUUAAGCAUAAAAUGCGAAAUUAUGUCAUAAGAAAGCUCAAAGAAUGUCAGGAAUCAUAAUCGCAACACAAAAUAUAAUUACAAUGGGUGAGCAUUCAUUACAUCAACAUUUCAAAUUGCAAAUUGUUUUAACGUUCAAAAAUAAAAUACAUCAUCAUGAAAGCACAGAUGAGCAAAGGUCGGGUUUAACUAUGUAUGUAUAUCAGAAUCUCAAAAUUGUAAUCAUCUCUAAGAGCUUUCACAGUACCAUUAUACUAUAUUUAAAACACACAUUAAUGUUGUUGUGUACUAUUCCCUUAAUCAAGUUUUUUAUGUUAUCGUUAAAAAAAUAUUAUGACAGAUCUAAGACACAAUUGUUUUCUUUGGCCUUUCAAAAUUUACAAAUCGACAACUUCCGCGGGCGGAAACGUUUUUGAAUAACAUAUUUAAUGCUUAUGAACAUGCUAUCUUAUCCUUGGCAAAACCUGCUUUAAAGAAAACUAAAUACGUUUGUUAUAAAGUAAUUAAAUAAAUCCUAUACAAAAUACACAAAAAAGGAAAUACACAUUGAAUUUAGAUCAAGGCAGCUCGUAACUUUAAGCUAUAGUUUACAAACAUAUUUUACAAAGUAAGAUUGUAUGCUUUAUUUUAUCGAAUAUUAGUAAGCAAAUUUAAUUUAAUAAAAAAAUUCAUACAAAAUACGGGAAAAAUAUGCUGUGCUAUAUGUGACUCCAUUACAUCUAAAAUUUCUGAGUUCAAAUACCAUGGCGUUAUAUGCUUGAUUUGAAUGACUUACCGAGUAUUUUAAUGAAUUUCAGAAAAGUAUUUACUAUACAUUUUAAAUAUCCAUACAAAUGUAUAUAAGUAACUAAUGAGAAUUGUAUGAAUGUAAAACGAAGUAUUAUUAACUGUUAGAAAUCUAUGCUACCUGCAGAGUUAUAUGCAUACAUACAUGUAUAUACAAACUGAAGAAUAACAACAAUUAUUUUAUUGCUAAUAGUAUCACAAAAAUUGAUAAUUUUAUGUUAAAUAUAAAUGUAUUUACCUUAAUGUUGAUAUAUAAAUUUUAGAAAAAUUAGUUAUCAAAAACUUAAAGUGUAAGGUCAAUGCAAUUGGCGUGACUUCGGAUCCAGCUCUUGUAAAUAUUCCAGUUCUCCACGAAUACAUAUAAAGUGAAUUGUAAUUAUUUAUUAUAUAUACACGUAUAAAUACAUACUUACUUACUUACUUACUUACUUACAUAUACAGAUAUACAUGCAUUGAAAAGUAUUGAAAAAAUAAAAUGUAAUAUGUAUUUUAAAUUAAAAUAAAAUGACUCAUGAAGUGAACAGUAAGUUCAAACCAA